ACACACACUAAAUUACAGAUACACAAAGCUUCUCCUUCUAUUCCCUCAACUACCCUUCUCUUUCUCUCUCUCUCUCUCCAUUGCAUAUUUGCAUAUAGUAACAAUAUAGUUGGCUGUCUCCCUAGCUUCUCUUUCUCUAGUUGCAGCAUCAUUUUCUGGUCCAAGAAAUUCUCUUCCUGUCUUUCACCCUUCACUUCUGUGAAAAAAAAUUCAGCUAACUGUUUGUCAAAACCACAUUUGGCUUUUAUUUCCAUUUGGGAGGGUGUAUUUCAGCUCUGAGAUUAAUCUUAUUUGCUUCCUUGGUCAAAAAGAGUGUGGUGCUCAAAAUGGAAGCGAAUUCCUCUGGUGAAGAUUGCUGUGUGAAGGUGGCGGUUCAUAUCAGGCCUCUUAUAGGAGAUGAGAGGCUUCAGGGGUGCAAGGAUUGUGUCACGGUACAACCUGGGAAGCCUCAGGUGCAAAUUGGGACACAUUCAUUUACAUUCGAUCAUGUUUAUGGUAGUAGCGGCUCCCCCUCGACUGCCAUGUAUGAAGAGUGCGUUGCACCUCUGGUUGAUGGCUUGUUUCAAGGAUACAAUGCUACUGUUCUUGCCUACGGACAGACGGGGUCAGGGAAAACGUACACCAUGGGUACUAGUCUCAAAGAUGGAGUCCAUACCGGACUCAUUCCCAAAGCCAUGAAUGCUUUGUUCAGCAAAAUUGAAAUGCUGAAGCAUGAAAUUGAGUUCCAGUUGAACGUUUCCUUCAUUGAGAUUCAUAAAGAAGAAGUGAGAGACCUGCUCGAUCCCAGUUCCACUCACAGACAAGAUGUAGCGAAUGGCAACACUGCAAAAGUGACAAGCCCCGGAAAACCUCCAAUACAAAUUCGUGAAACGUCGAAUGGUGUAAUUACACUUGCAGGAUCUACAGAGCGCAGUGUGAAGACACUUAAAGAAAUGGCUGAUUGCUUGGAGCAAGGAUCACUAAGCAGGGCAACAGGGAGUACGAACAUGAACAAUCAGUCGAGCCGCUCUCAUGCCAUAUUCACCAUCACAGUGGAGCAGAUGCGUAAACUUCAUCCUGGUAAUCCUAAUGACAGCAACUUAAACGACUGUAUGACCGAAGAGUAUCUUUGUGCGAAGCUGCAUUUGGUGGAUCUUGCUGGAUCAGAGCGCGCGAAGAGAACAGGAUCUGAUGGUCUACGUUUUAAAGAAGGAGUUCACAUUAACAAGGGGCUUCUUGCCCUUGGCAAUGUUAUAAGCGCACUUGGUGAUGAUAAGAAGCGAAAAGAAGGUGUUCAUGUUCCGUAUCGUGACAGUAAACUUACUCGACUAUUGCAGGAUUCUCUCGGUGGAAACAGCAGAACAGUAAUGAUAGCAUGCAUUAGUCCUGCUGACAUAAAUGCUGAAGAAACGCUGAACACUCUGAAAUAUGCCAAUCGCGCUCGAAAUAUCCAGAACAAACCUGUUGUUAAUAGAGACCCCAUAUCAAAUGAAAUGCUGAAGAUGCGUCAGCAAUUAGAAUUUCUGCAAGCUGAACUUUGUGCCCGUGGUGGAGGCGUUUCAUUUGAUGAAAUACAGGUUCUCAAGGACAGAAUUGCUUGGUUGGAGGCUACUAAUGAGGAGCUGUGUCGGGAACUAAAUGAGUUUCGCACAAGAGGCGGUCCAGUUGAGCAAUACACCGAUAAUGUUAAAGUUGGAACCAAUGGUGCCAUGAAAAGUGAAGGCCUUAAACGGGGUUUGCAAAGUAUUGAGCCAUGCGACUAUCAGAUGAGUGAAAGCAGUGAUUCUGGUGAUAUUGAUGAAGAUACAGCAAAGGAGUUGGAACAUACAUAUUUGCAGAAUAGCAUGGAUAAAGAGUUGAGUGAAUUAAAUCGGCAGUUGGAGAAGAAAGAGUCGGAGAUGAAAUUAUUCGGAGGAUAUGACACCACCGCUCUUAAGCAACACUUUGGAAAGAAAUUGAUGGAACUUGAAGAGGAAAAAAGGACUGUGCAGCUCGAGAGGGAUCGGCUGUUGGCAGAAGUUGAAAACCUUUCUGCUAAUACUGACGGGCAUGCACAGAAAAUGCAAGAUGUCCAUUCACAGAAACUAAAACUUCUUGAAUCUCAGAUACAAGACCUUAAGAAGAAACAAGAGAAUCAGGUUCAGCUUUUAAAACAGAAACAGAAGAGUGAUGAAGCAGCAAAAAAGUUGCAAGAUGAAAUACAAUGCAUGAAGGCUCAGAAGGUUCAACUGCAAAACAAGAUUAAGCAAGAAAGUGAACAGUUUCGACAAUGGAAGGCAUCCCGAGAGAAGGAAUUACUACAGUUGAGGAAGGAGGGAAGAAGAAACGAGUAUGAAAGACAUAAACUGCAAGCACUGAACCAGCGGCAGAAAAUGGUUCUUCAAAGGAAGACUGAAGAAGCUGCAAUGGCUACCAAGAGGCUGAAAGAAUUGCUUGAAGCACGCAAAUCUUCAGCUCGUGAAAACUCUGUGACAACCAACGGGAAUGGAGUUAAUGGGCAGAGCAACGAAAAGUCCUUGCAGAGAUGGCUUGAGCAUGAGCUUGAAGUCAUGGUCAAUGUUCAUGAAGUUCGUUAUGAGUAUGAGAAGCAAAGUGAAGUACGAGCUGCAUUGGCAGAAGAGUUGGCUGUUUUGAGACAAGUUGAUGAAUUUGCUUCGAAGGGAGUAAGCCCUCCUAGAGGGAAAAAUGGCCUUUCCAGGGCAUCUUCAAUGUCACCAAACGCAAGAAUGUCAAGAAUUGCUUCUCUUGAGAGCAUGCUAAGUAUAUCAUCGAACUCACUUGUUGCAAUGGCUUCACAGCUUUCAGAAGCAGAAGAACGAGAGCGUGGUGUCGUUAGUCGUGGCCGCUGGAAUCAGCUACGUUCUAUGGGAGAGGCAAAAGGCCUGCUUCAGAUUAUGUUCAAUCAUCUUGGCGAUGCAAGGUGCGAACUGUGGGAAAAGGACAUCGAGAUCAAAGAGAUGAAAGAGCAAAUGAAGGAACUUGUGGGAUUACUGCGACAAAGUGAAGUCAGAAGGAAGGAAAUGGAGAAAGAGCUUAAAUUGAGAGAGCAAUCUGUUGCUACUGCACUGUCGACACCACCAUACGGAAAUUCUCUCAAACACAUAGCUGAUGACAUGAGUGGUCCAUUGUCUCCGAUUCCAGUACCAGCACAGAAGCAACUUAAAUAUACAGCGGGGAUUGCUAAUGGUUCGUGUACAGAGUCAGCAGCAUUCGCGGACCAAACGCGGAAGAUGGUGCCUAUUGGCCAGUUAUCAAUGAAAAAACUAGCCCUCGUUGGACAUGGUGGGAAACUCUGGAGAUGGAAGAGGAGUCAUCAUCAAUGGCUAUUACAGUUCAAAUGGAAGUGGCAAAAACCGUGGAAACUCUCAGAAUUAAUUAGACACAGCGAUGAAACAAUCAUGAGAGCCAGGCCCCGUCCACAACCUAUUUCUGAUAUUAUGUACAGAAAUGGUCACUAGCUUACACAUCUCUAUAUUGUAUAUCCUUUACUCGCUCCAGCUCCCAAGAGAUGAUCCAGGGAAACACGUUGAAUAAGUGCAGGUCGAGGUAUAAGUGGCAGUUGGAGAACUUUGUCUGUAGUGUAGUGUAUUGGUAGAGAUAUAUAUGAAGUGGAAUGGUUGUUUAGCAGUGGAGUUUUGUAGUUAUGACUCUCAUCAGUCGUCGCGUCUUGUGGGAUCUCGUUCACCUCCAUGAUACUUGGAGGAGACUGCGUUUUCAUCGAGGAUGGGUUUAUUUUAGGCCUCAUGGUAGUCUUCAUUGUUGUAUAUACUUGUCCAAAGUUGAUCUUUUUGAGGAGGGAUUUUAGUGCUUGUGAUUUCUUCUUCUUUUACCUUUAUGCUGCAGGGGUUUGUUUUAUGUUUCUUUUUUCUCUUUUUCGGCUAAUUGGCCUCUUUUGUAUAUUGUGUGUAAGCACAAUAUUGGUUUUGUUUAGAAAGCACAUUCAGUGAUACUUAGUCUCAGAUGUAGAUCUACUAUUGAGUUGUGCUUAUUUGUUGUAUAUUUGUUGUGGAAUAUUAAUGAAUUAUCAUUUCA